AUGUGUCUACUCCACCUGGCACAUUGGCGGCAGUGGCAGCUGCGGCACUUUUUCCCUGGCCACAGUCCGUCACGCCGUGAUCGUAUGCCUCAUCUCGAAGUGAAGGUAGGACCCGACCGUUUCCAUAUGGAACCGUGUCGGGUCAAUGAUAUGAAGCAUCCUCAUGAAAUUAACACGGAUCACUUUGUGGGACGUGUGCUUGUGCGCAUCAUUGACGCGCCAGGCGCGAAGCAGGGCGAACCGGGACGUGAGUACUUCCGUGAUCGCACACGUCGCUUUUGUAUCCAAAUUGAAGGGCGGUUCAAGCAGCAGUGGUCAGGCGAUGAUAUUCUGUUCGGCUCAGACUUUGAUAAGUUUGUGCCGUUCCCUCGGGCGCCCUUCAAUGCCGGUAUGCGUGUAGCACGCAUGAUUGACCCAUGCACGUUUUACGAAGAGCAUCCACCAUCUGGCCGUCCCUAUAUCAUGUCGCCCUAUACGGCAUGUAUGAAUGUAUUCUGUGCAUGGCCUGCACCGUCACGUCUGGACGACGCUGUCGUCGUUGCGCAUGACAAUGGCGUGACGCCCAGCUUGGCCAUCGAGCAUGAAAACGAUGGCGGAGUCGUGCCUGUGGAGCAUGUAACGGCCCCGCAAGAAGGCCGAUCUGAAAAGAAGGGCGGGUGGCUCUCCUCGCUGCGCCACCCUGCGAAAGACGAUCGUGUGACGGCACCGUACUGGCGCUUUAUUGGUUUCCGGAACGACGAGCGUGUACGUGCGUAUGUCGCGAUGCAUCCGCCCAACAAGCCGGCGGCAACGCCUACCACGCCAGCACCUGUGCGUCCUGUGCCUGUGCAUCCUGUGCCUGUGCACCCAACACCCCGCGCUGGUGUGCCGCAGUACAUGCAAGGCAUCGACACCAAGAUGAUGAGUACGCUUGGCUCCAGCAAGAAAGCGGAUAUGAUUUUGGGCCAUCACCAUAUGGACCGGCCUGGCACGCCCCAGUUGCCUGUGUUUAUGGCGUCGAAUUUGCAGGUGAAUACGGGCCAGGAGUACACGAUCGGUUCGCCGGGUCUCACGCACCCGGUGGCACCGACAGCGCAACCUGGGAAAAACGACCUCAUGGAAGCGUAUGCGCGGACCGGGAUGACGCCGAGCCCUGCUCUGUCUCUCUCGCAGUCGUCCUCGCUCGAUGAGUGGCUCGGUCCGUGGCGCUUUGGGGACCCAGGCGCGGAUAUGGUGGAAGACAAUGCCUUUAUUUUCACCGAAGAAAGUGUCUCUGUACCGAAACGGCGGAAGCACUUUGCCAACGAUGCGAACCGGAAGAACUUUACGUACCAUCCUGACGUCGUGUAUGGUGCGUCGUUCUUCUCCAACCUGUUCGACUUUAACACGUUUGACCUGAACAUCGGUCCUGUACACAUUAAUGUGAACCCAUUCUUCCGCGAUAUGCCUAUUCGCUACACACUUCGCUCCAAGACUAAUGAAGAAAUUGUGUUCUGUACUAUUUCAUUCCAACUUGUCGAUUGA